GGAACGGGCCGGACGGGCAGGGAACGGGCCGGACCAGCGCAGCGAGAGCGGCAGCUGAGACGGGCCGUGUGCAGCUCCUCUCCCAGGCGCACCAAGCUGAGGUCAGAGCCAGCAGCCCGUGCCAGGUUCUGUUGCAGGGAGGUGCCAGGUUUCCCUUUUGCCUCUGGAGUGUUUCAUUAUGGCAGCCCCCAGUGAACAAUGACAUCCUUUGACAAAUAUAGAUGCCAAAAAGCCAGACAAAAACAGUGGCCUUGUUUCAUUUUCAUUCCAACACAGUGAAAUGGUGCUCUUAAAGUUUGGUUAUUGACUCUCACUGGAAGAAAACCAGAACUCCUGACUGGACCUUUUUUCCCCAGCCCUCUCCCAGUGUUCUCAUCGAUGCUUGACCCAGUGACAUCAUGUAGUAGGCCCUGAGGUGCUGUUGUAAUUGAGUUGCAAUGGUUUUGUACACUUCCCCCUUUCCCAACAGCUUUCUGUCAGUUCUGCAUUCCUUCUCCUGGGGCCUGAUUUUCCCAUGUUACUGGCUGGCAGACAGGCUCGUGGGCUCUUUUGUUCCAACCACCUACGAGAAGCGGCAGAGAGCAGAUGACCCCUGCUAUUUCCAUGCCCUCUGCAUCAUCAUCACCACUCCCAUCUACCUGGCCCUGCUGGCAGCCUCUCUCCCCUUCGCUCUCCUGGGCUUCCUGCUCUGGUCCCCGCUGCAGUCGGCCCGCAGGCCCUACAUCUACUCCCGGCUGCGGGACAAGCACCGUGCCAAUGGAGCCACGCUGCUCACCGAGUGGAAGGCUGCAGGGAGUGGGAAGAGCUUCUGCUUUGGCAGUGCCAACGUCUGCCUGCUGCCCGAUUCGCUGGCCAGGUUCAACAACGUCUUCAACACCCAGGCCAGGGCUAAAGAGAUCGGCCGGAGGAUCCACAAUGGGGCCAGCAGGCCCCAGAUCAAAAUCUACAUAGACUCUCCCACCAACACCUCCAUCAGUGCCGCCAGCUUCAGCAGCCUGGCCUCCCCCCAGGGGGGAGAGAACACCACCCGUGCUGUCAACGCUGGCAUCAAAAGGACAACAUCGAUGGAGUACAAAGGAGACAACUCUGGCUCAAACAACAGCGAGGAGAGAGAAGAGAAAGGUGGAAGUGGAGAGCCGAACGAGGGAGAAGAAAACACUUGCAUUGUCCGUAUCAAUGGGGAGGACAAUGGCCACAUGUCAGACCCAGAACCAGAGCCCGUCAAUGGCCAGGCCCACGCCAGCGGCCCGGCAGAGCCCACGCUGGAGGGGGAUGCAGAGAUCUCAAAAACACCCAACCACAAACAGAAGGAAGGAGAUUCUGGGAGCUUAGACAGCUACUCUGCCUCCCGAGAGUCCCUGGUGAAGGUCCGUGCUGGGGAUGGCACCGUGGAGCAAAGCACUGCCAACAACAAGCUCCUCUACAAGGCCUCCAUCAUGAAGAAAACGUCGGUGCGGAAAAAGAAACACACGGACGAGACCUUCGACCACGAGAUCUCGGCCUUCUUCCCUGCCAACCUGGACUUUCUGUGUUUGCAGGAAGUGUUUGACAAAAGGGCUGCGGAGAAGUUGAAAGAGCAGCUGCACCACUACUUUGAAUACAUUGUGUAUGAUGUGGGGGUGUACAGCUGCCACGGCUGCUGCAGCUUUAAGUUUGUGAACAGUGGUCUGCUCUUUGCCAGCCGCUACCCUGUCAUGGAUGCUGCCUAUCACUGUUACCCCAAUGGGAGAGGAUUGGACGCCUUGGCUUCCAAGGGAGCCUUGUUUCUCAAGGUGCAAGUGGGAAGUACACCUCAGGACCAAAGAAUUGUGGGAUACAUUUCCUGCACUCACUUGCAAGCUAUUGCAGGAGACACAACUGUUCGAUGUGAGCAACUGGAUAUGCUUCAAGAUUGGCUGUCUGAAUUCAGAAAAUCUACCUCCUCCUCCAGCACAGCCAAUCCAGAGGAGCUGGUGGCUUUUGAUGUCAUCUGUGGAGAUCUCAACUUUGACAACUGCUCCUCUGAUGACAAGCUGGAGCAGCAGCACUCUCUGUUUACACACUACAAAGACCCCUGUCGGGUGGGACCUGGGGAGGACAAGCCCUGGGCCAUCGGCACCUUGUUGGAUCCUGAAGGAUUAUAUGAUGAAGAAGUGUGCACCCCAGACAACCUACAGAAGGUGCUGGAAAGUGAAGAAGGAAGAAAAGGAUACUUAGUCUAUCCCACCAGCAAGAACCACAGUUCCAGUCAAAAAGGGAGGAAGGCAUCACUGAAGGGAAAUGGAAGGAGGAUUGACUAUAUGCUGUACACAGAGGAAGGUCUCUACCUGGAGUGGAAAGUGGAAGUGGAAGAGUUCAGCUUCAUUACCCAGUUAGCAGGCUUGACAGACCACCUCCCGGUAGCAAUGCGACUCAUGGUGUCUACAGGAGAAGAUGAUCCUUAAAACUGACCAGCUUGGAGAAUCAGAAGAGGGAAACAUUAAUGAUAUUUUAAAAAUAUCAGAGGAGAAGAGCGAACUAUCCUGGUGCCACGUUAGGAAAGGUGACCAGACCUGACCUGGGCUACUCCCAGAAUGUACCAACAAUGUGGAUUUAAAAAGGGAAGAAAUGGAAGGGGUUGUGGCCAAAAGCCACUGUCACAAGUUGCUCAGGCAACAGGGCAGGCCUGUACUACAACACUGUCACUGUGGACCGAACGGAACCAAGAUGGAAGUCCUAAUUCCUUCUGAACCAGUGCCAUUCUUACUCAAACAUGUUUUUAUACUAAUAUAUAGCACAAUUUAGUUUGUAAUUAGUCUGUGAGUUAGUGCUGCUCGAUGGUUUUGCAUCAUUUCUUUGUCUGAGAAGCUGAAGCUUUGUCUCUCCUGCGCUCGCAGCAGCCGCAUGGCCCGCCCUGCAUGAGCUCCACACACAGCCCUGAGGGCUCCAAACACCCACAGCCAGAGCCAUUCUGGGACUGCAAACCCUUCUGGCACUACAGAUAGACCAAACAACAGCUCUCUUCAAUUUGCAGACCAAUAUCUUCCUGUCUGAGUUAUGGACACACAAAAGAUUUGGAAUUAAGACUUUAAGAACACAGUUCUACCCUUAUUCCAGCUGUGUUCCCACUGAAAUUAUGAAGUGUUUUGUCUGAAUGAUGACUCCAGAAUCAGGCCUUCAGCUUUCUAAAUGCAACUUACUCCCUUAAGAAGAAACAUAGUUUCCCUGUAAUGUCUUUUCUUUCUUUCCAUGUGUGGGACAGUUCUGAAUUAUGAUAUGGGAUAUGUAUGUUACAGUAGAGUGAAUAGAUUCCUGUAGUACCAUUGGUAACACCAGAGCCAACAUUCUGCCUUAGCUAGAAAGGGGAAGUGGGAAAUGGAUUGUAAAAUGCAUGCUAGAUAUAGAGUAAACAUAAACAUAAGUGACAUUUGGGGAGAAAGAAGUGUAGAGCAGUGUAUGAUUGGUAAGGCAGAAUAACCUGACAGUUCUCUAAAGGAAUCAGUGCACUGACAGGGGAAGUGUAGCACAGCCAGCUCGAGCAGAGCUGGGACUCUGGGCCUUAGGGAACUGCUUCCCAGGAGCAGAGGCUGUUCUGUGUCUGAGACACGACUCUCCAUUGGUUGUGCAUCACAGACUGCAAGAGGGGUCUUGCCAUCUGACCUACAUGUUCUUUCCACUACAGCUCCUCCAGUGUGGGGCUCCCCUCUGCCAUCUGCCCAUGGCCUGACCGACCCAGCCUCUGUAACCUCUACAAAAAGAAUGAAAAACUGAGAAUCAGGUCCAUAAUGAGACUUGGCAUUUUUGGGGAGGAUUUAAUUUCAGAGGGUUUGUGUUUUGAGAGAACAAGGAAACCCCCUGUGUUCUAACCAUUACUUAGUUUGUUCUGCCUAUGUCGUGUUAAAUUUUAGUGCUAUUUCCUCUUACAUUACAGAUUCCCUGUGUUAAGAAGAGUUAAUCCAAUAUUUGACUUACUCCAUUAAGUAACCUGUUUUAGUUAUGCUGACCACAAACUCCUGAAGAUGCUCUUGUUUUGGUUUAGUUUACACCUGCUAGGAAUCAGCUUGAGCUAAAUCUGAAUAGAUUUAAAUUAGAAAUCUCAGUCUGCACAGUCUCUGAUACUGGCUUAGUUAGCUAUGGUAAACAACAGAGCUUUUACUUAAAUCAGCCUGAUUUUGCAAAUAGAGAAACUCUUAAUAGUCAUGAGAGUGCAGGACUAACAGUAUUGGCUAAUUCCAAGUAGGCAGUAGGGCCACUGCUCCCACUCUCCUGGUCUUGACACAUUUUAUGCCUCAUUUUCCAGUCCCAGGGUCCCUUGAGCAGAGGCUGCCUCUUAAAAGUGUGCUGUGCCAAACCAGGGGUGAUCUGCAAGUAACCCAUGGGGGACUCAGAAAUGGAACCAGACUCAGUUCCCCUUUUUGAUAAAAUUAGGAAUUCAAGUUUACAGCAUCAGAGACUUGAGUGUACUACCCCUGUGCACCACCAGUCCCCCACUUUGUAUGUCUGUCUUUAUACAGAGGGUGCACAGAUGUGCAAUGUGUUUUUCUGGUUUCUUAUUGCUCCACCCAGUUCGGAAAAACUUGUACCCAAACCAAUGCUUUUUAAUCCUAUUUUCUACCUUACUUGUAUUUUAUUAACCUUUUUUAAAAAAUCCAAACAGUAUCGUAGCAAUGUGUGUGCUGUCCAGCAGCUAUUUCUCAGUAGUAAAACUAACUACACUAUUUUUAAUAGUUUUCCUAACAAUGUAAAUUACAAUUUGAUAUCAACUUCACCAAGUAUCAGUUGCAGGAGCUGAAUUUGACACUGUGUUGGAUAUAAACAUGAAACUACUGCCAAACAACGUUACAUUAUUUACAGUAAAACUAACAUGGUCUAAAUUACCUUAAAAGUCGUUCUGUGGCUUUGUGCUGACUAAAAAUGAGACACUUUUGUCAACUUCUUGAGAUAUAUUGAGAAAUGUUUUUUUCAAAUUGGAAGUAAAGUGUUUUAGAUUUUGAUGUUUCCUGGUUUCUCAGUGCUCAAGAACAGCCUAGUUGUAAAUGUUCUCUUACACAAUACACACACAAUUAACCAGUCUCAAUAGUUCUUUCUAAUUCACUCUUAGGGAAUGGAACUUUGCCAGAGUGAUGCUGGAGGUGCAGCACUGUGGUACCACUGGACAGAUGCUCCUUGGUUUUUCAGGGUCUCCUGUGCCUUUCCAUGUUUGCAGGGGUCAGGGAGUGUCUGUCCAGGGGAGCUGGAAUGAACAGGCUUUCCCUUCCAGGGAGGACCUCCAGGACAAAAAUGAGUUUUGUCUCCACCACUGCACCCACCCCAGUUCCCUCAGACCCCCAGAGUCCCUCCCCAGUGCCUGUACAGGACAUCAGUCACCACCAGCCUCAGGCAGAUACUGUGUCACAGAAUAUUUGCACUGAAGAGAACAACAAAGGGAGGGCAGGGCUGGGUGUGAGAACAUGCCAGGAGAUCAAACCCUGGAGAGUUUGUUUAUAUGUCAAUUCUCUUUACUUAUGGAUAGCAUGACCCAAUUUAUUAGUAGAAUGUUAUUUAUAAGAAUUGGACUUAAGCUUCCUGUCCUAUGCUUACCCACUUUGUGCUGGGAUUUCAGGCAUCUUCUAGAAGUGGGUGAUAACGCUGUUCUUGGUUUAGUGAUGCACCAGGGACACUGCAGAGCAAGUGUCAUCUUUUUAUAAAAAGUAUAGAACAUCUCCUGUUUCUCAUGUUCAAUUUGCAUUUUACAACAUCACUUCUAGAAUAAGUGAACAAAAGACACAAAUGAGGACAGUCAAAAAGUAAGCACUUCAGAAGUGUUCAGGGUGUCAGGUCCUGACCAAGUCAUAACUUUAGGUCACUCCAGAACACUCCCUAGAGAACGUGGCCUCUCAGGCACAUCCAGCUCCAGUCAGUCCAUGGAUCCACUGGCUCCACUCCAGCUCAGCCACUGAGCACCAGGGUGGGAACACCCAGCUUUGUGCUGUGGGCAAAGGCCUUUAACCAAUUCCAGUGGUGCCCAGGGGGUUUGUUCCAGCCCAGGGGGUCUGUCCCAGCCCAGCCUGGGUGCUGGUCAGAGCUGUCCAAGCCCCCAGCCCCCCUGCCCCAGCCUGGCUCCCAGGCUCUGCCCUGCUGGCUGGAGAAUGAGUUCACCUGCCCUGUGCCAGUAUUGUGACACAGUUUUAUCCCAGGAGCACUCCCAGUCAGGCUGGCCAGACCCUCAGUCCUGCUUGUUGGGUAAGACAGUGAGGUUUAGGGAACAUACAAUUCCACUGAAGAUCCUUCUUUCCCAAGGCCUCUGUCUGGUCUGUGCCCGGUUUGGUGUCUGAGCUGCUGUGGGUCCCAGAGCAGCACAGCAGGGUCAGCACAUAUCAUCAGCUCACAAAUGAAGUGGUUUGGCCUCCUCCUGGCACUACAGGAUGAGAAGAGAAAUACAAUUCAAGCACUUUGAAAAGCUCCCAAUUUUAUCAUUCAUUAUGAGGGUCAAAUUGUUACUGAAGGUCUCACUUUUCCAUGCCAUCUUAUUUUCAAUAUAAUCUCGAUGCUUUUAAAGACUUGUAAUAUUGCUAAGGUUUAGAAAUCCUAUAAUAAGAAUAACCUUUUUUAUUUCAAUGAUUUUUUGGUAUUGUAUCCUUCUGGAACCUAAUGUUUUUAUAUGGUAAGCACACACCUUCCAACAUUUUGUUAAAAAUGUACGAAAAAAAAGAAAAAUUUAAAUAUUUUCAUUGGUUUCUUUAUCUGCAAGAAAACCACAAUCGCAGACCUGAUAAAAACAAGGUAUUUUAAACAAUAUGGAGGGGUUUUUGUCUUCUAUUGGUGCUGAAAGGAAUAACUGGUUGAUGCAAACAAGGUAAUAAAAUUUCAAGGCUCAAAUGA